AUGGAAAGGCUCCUCUUUGGGUUGCUGUUGGUAGGGAGCAUAGCAGCUUUAGCCGAGGCUUGCCCGUUCCACUGCACCUGUCAAAACCUCUCUGAAUCGCUCAGUACACUUUGUGCCAACAAGGGGCUCCUAUUCAUCCCGGUAAACAUUGACCGCAGGACAGUGGAGCUGAGGCUGGCUGACAACUUCAUUCGGGUUGUGGAGCAACAGGACUUCCUCAACAUGUCUGGCCUGGUGGACCUCACGCUGUCCAGGAAUACAAUCAGUUUCAUUCAGCCCUUUGCUUUUGCAGACCUGGAGAGCUUGCGGUCACUGCACUUGGACAGUAACCGCUUGACUGCAAUUCAAGACGACAACUUGAGUGGGAUGAUUAAUCUUCAGCACCUGAUCAUUAACAACAACCAGCUCAUCAGCAUCGUGGAAACGGCCUUUGAUGAUUUUUUGCUCACCUUGGAGGAUCUCGAUCUUUCUUUCAACAAUCUGCAGAAGAUUCCCUGGGAGGCCAUCCAGAAUAUGGUCAACUUGCACAUGCUGAACCUGGACCACAACCUCAUUGACUAUAUCAUGGCUGGGACAUUCGCAGAACUCUUCAAACUGGCGAGGUUGGACAUGACGUCCAACAGACUGCAGACGCUGCCUCCAGACUCGCUGUUUGCCCGAUCGCAGACUGGAGUUAUAAGUCCCACCCCUUACACCUCCACCAUCACAUUGAACUUUGGAGGGAACCCUCUGCACUGUAACUGUGAGCUGUUAUGGCUACGGCGUCUGGUGCGGGAGGACGAUAUGGAGACCUGUGCGACGCCCUCCCACCUCGCUGGCAAGUAUUUCUGGUACAUUCCGGAGGAGGAGUUUAUUUGCGAGCCCCCGCUGAUUACCCGGCACACCCACAAAGUCUGGAUCCUCGAGGGUCAGAGGGCGACGCUGAAAUGCAGGGCUAUAGGGGACCCGGAGCCCAUCAUCCACUGGGUAUCGCCGGAGGAUAAAAUCAUAUCAAACUCGUCCAGGAUGACCUCUUACAGAAACGGCACCCUGGACAUCCUCGUGACCACGGUGAGAGACGACGGCUCCUACACCUGCUUCGCCACCAACGCAGCCGGGGAGUCGACAGCCCUGGCCGACCUGAAAAUCAUCCCACUGCCCCACCGCGGCAACGGCACCAUCCGCGUCCUGCACCGGGAUCCGGGAUCCUCGGACAUCACCACCUCCAAUAAGCCCGUGACCAACGGGACGGACGGCAGAUGGGGGCAGGAGAAGAUGGUCACGGUGGUGGACGUGACUGCCACGACUGCCCUGGUCCGAUGGUCCGCCACCAAGUCCCUGCACGGGGUGUGGAUGUACCAGAUCCAGUACAACUCCUCUGUGGACGAGACACUUGUGUACAGGAUUAUCCCGUCGACAAGCAAAGCUUUUAUCUUGAAGAACCUCAUCUCGGGUGUGGAUUAUGACCUGUGCAUCCUGGCGAUUUACGGAGAUACCGUGACGCAGCUGGCAGCCACCAAGGUCGUCGGGUGUGCCCAGUUUGGCACCACGGAGGAGUACCCACACUGCCACCUGCUGCACGCCCAUUUUCUGGGCGGCACACUGACUGUGAUCGUGGGUGGGAUCAUUGUCGUCACCUUGCUGGUCUUCACUGUGGUCAUGAUGGUUAAGUACAAGAUCUGUGGCAGUGCCCAGUCUCCCAAGGUCAGUGACGUGUAUUCGCAGACCAAUGGGAGCCAGCCGAUUGCCAACGGGAUGCUGUCGCGCAGGAGGGUGAUGAUACUUCAUUCCGCGGGGCAGCCAACAGACAAGGCGAUGCCGCCUCCCCCUCCUCCGUCCACCUCUGCCCCUCCACCACACUCAGCGCCUCACAACCGGGCAAAGCCGCCGAGAAGAAAGUUCAAGUCAAGGCAGAGGGGCGAAGCAGAAGGGGGCGAGCGUGCAGCCGCCAGCAGAGAACAGGGCCAGGCCAAGCAAGGCUCGGGGCCGAGGGCUGGUGCCCCAGGGUCGGAAGAGACACCCACCUCGACCAGCCCUGGCUCCGACCAGCUCUGCCCAACGGCGGCCAUGUCCAAAGCCAAACGCAGCUGCUCUUUUGAUAUGGGUGACAUCGCCGCCACCACUUGCUACAGUUACGCCAAGCGCUUCAGCGUCAUCUGGACUAAGCGCAGCCAGUCUGUACACGGGAUGCUGCUGCAAUAUGCCGAGACUGAGGUGACGGGCAAGAAAGGGGCCUUCUACAGCUCCGAGGAACUGGAAGAGAGUAUUGUCUAA